GGUGGUGCGCGCCGCCUGGGCAGCCGGGGCCGGGCGGGCAGGGGGGCGGCGGGGGCCAUGCGGGGCUUCUCGGCCGAGCAGCAGCGGCGCCUGGCGCGGGACAUCGGGCGCCUGCUGGGCCUCUACGGCUUCCUGCUGGACGCCCACGUCGUGGAGUUCUUCGCCGAGGGCCUGUGGGGCCGGCUGCCCCCCUCCUGGCAGGCCGCCCUGGCCGACCUGCCCUCCCCGCAGCUGGCCGCCCUCCUGCUGCGGCGCGGAGCGGCCAGCUCCGGGCGCGUGUGGCCGCUGUCGCUGCUGGCCUUCGCCGCGGCCGCCCACGCGCUGUCCUUCCCGCGCAGGCCCCGGGCACGGGCAGAGGCGCGGCCGGAGGAGUUCCAGGGCAACGCCUGGCACCGCUCUCCGCUGGACCCGCCCUUCCGCAAGCACGUCAAGCCCAAGAAGCAGCACGAGAUCCGGCGGCUGGCGCAGCUGGUGAAGGAGCUCAGCGAGGCCACAGGGUGCCGCCAGGUGGUGGACGUGGGUUCUGGCCAGGGCCACCUGUCUCGUUUUCUGGCGUUCGGCCUCCAUUUGUCUGUCACUGCUGUUGAGCACGAUCCACACCUGGUGGGCCAAGCCAUCAAGUUCGACCGAGAGCUGCUCCAGGCCCUGAAGAAAGAGCAAGCCAAAGGCACUCAGGCAGGUGACCUCUCUCUCCGCGGGCCAAGCCAUGUGGUGGGCCGGGUUGACCCCCAGGCCCCCUGGCAGGACUUCCUGCAUUUGCUACAGCAAAGGAAGGGCGAGGAAGGCUCUCCUGGAGCUGACGGAACCCCAAAGACGAGCCCCGGUUUCCACAGGGGACCUGAAGAGAAGGACUGCCAAAAGGCGGGGCCCCAGAGGAGGAUGAACUGUGGAAAGGACCAGCAGCAGCCUCUGGGAGGAGGAGAGGCCCUCGGCCCGUUUUGCCCACGCAGCCCCCUUCCGCUGGAAAGGCCCAUGCUGCUCACAGGCCUCCAUGCCUGCGGCAACCUCAGCGUCGCCCUCCUGUGGCACUUUGUUCACUGUCCUCAGGUGGUGGGCAUCACCUCGGUGGCGUGCUGCUAUAUGAAGCUGACUGUGCAGGAGGCAGCCUUGGCCCCUGGCCCCAGGGCCUGUGGCUACCCGCUCAGCGCCUGGGUGUCUGGACUGCCAGGCCACCAGCUUUCCUACAAGGCCCGGGAAGGGGCCUGCCAUGCCCUGGAGGACUACUUGCGGAGACUCGCAGGUGACAGCGCCACCCUCCGGACACACUGCUUCCGCGCCAUGCUGGAGACGGUGAUACGGGCCGCUGACCCAACUAAAAAACGGCUUGGGGUGCAGACGAUCAACAAGUCCCACAUGCUCACCUUUGAAGAAUACAUCCGACUAGGGCUGGAGCGAGUGGGACUAAACCCGGGCCUGGCCCUGGACCAGGCCGCCUUGGAGGCCAUGCUGGGCCAGCAGCAGCGGGUCGUGGCCUUCUUCUGCCUGGCCCUGCUGCUGGCUCCGGUGGUGGAGACUCUCCUCAUGCUGGACCGGAUGAUAUACCUGCAGGAACACGGCUUCCAGUGUGAGUUGAUCCCACUGUUCGACCCCGCCCUCUCCCCCCGAAAUCUUGUGCUGGUGGCAGCAAAGACGGAGCUGAGCUCUGCUUUCUCUAAUUGGGGGGCAGAGAACAAGAAGACCUCCCAGAACGGGGAGCAGGAAGGCCUGCCUGGGAGGGGGCCGGGGAGGAGGUUCAAGCCGAAGCGCGGCCAGAAGAACCGACCUCUGGCUGCAGACUCUUAGCAACAGAGGCACUUGGCCCGAGAUGAACAGCAAGGUGUAAAUAUUUUAAUAAAUACCUCUUUGAGAAAGA